UACCACUGCACAACAGCGAGACUCCAUCUCAAACAAACAAAAAACCAUACAGUCUCUCAAAAUAGGGAGAUCUAUGGAGGAAAAUCAUGGAGAAAAAUCCAAGUUCGGUGAGCAUUUGUUGGUAGCUUGUAUGAGCUAGGCCCUAGGUACUUUAAGAUCAAACAAAAUGUUUGUAGGUCAUUCCCAGGUCAGCAGGGAGACAGGUGGGUCUCAGGUGAUAUCAAGAGAUCUCGGUCAGAGCUAGGCCUGAAAAAGAUUCUGGUAUCUUUGCUCAGGAAUCAGGGGACCAGGAAGGGUCAUGAGACCACAUUGGGGUCGCAGCUGGUGAGAGGAUGCAGGGGCAUCCUGCUUGGAAGGGCUUGUCUUGUGAAGUUGCAUCUCAGGGUCAAGGUAAGGGAAUAGGGGCAGGGAGGCUGUCAGCACUUUAUGCUCUGGGUGCAGAGGGGAUUGGAGGGGAGAGUGUGGAAGCAGGGAGCUCUGAUCCCAGGUUCUGCGGGGCCAAAACAGGGGGCAGAAGGCUAGACUUAGUAAGUGCUGAGGAUGGUGAGAGAAAUAUUCGGCAGACAGACUGGAAAGGACUUGUCUGCAAGCUGGGUGUGGAGUAUCAGCUUCAAUCCUAGGUUUUUCUGCCUGGAUAGGUGGGGAAGUAGAUUUGAGAGAAAGGCAAUAGUUUGGAUAAACAGGGUCUGAGCCCGGCUCAGAUCUGCCGGGGCUGGAGCUCAGAAGGUCCUGGAUGGGGAGGGCAUUCAGAGAGUGGAUGCGACUCCUGGGAGAGGCAGGGGAGAGGAGAGCCACGGCUGACGUUUAGGGACAGAAGGAGGAGCCUGAGGAGGAGACAGGACGCUGAGUUCCCUGUGUUGGCCUCCAGGUCCUGUGCUUGCGGAGCUGACUGGAGGCUGGGAUCAAGCUCCAACAAUGGGCAAUGCGCAGGAGCGGGCGUCGGAGACUAUAGACCGCGAGCGGAAACGCCUGGUCGAGACGCUGCAGGCGGACUCUGGGCUGCUGCUGGACGCAUUGCUGGCGCGGGGCGUGCUCACCGGGCCUGAGUAUGAGGCGUUGGAUUCACUGCCUGAUGCCGAGCGCAGGGUGCGCCGCCUACUGCUGCUGGUGCAGGGCAAGGGCGAGGCUGCCUGCCAGGAGCUGCUGCGCUGUGCCCAUCGUACCACUGGCGCGCCGGACCCCGCCUGGGACUGGCAGCACGUGGGCCCGGGCUACCGGGACCGCAGCUAUGACCCUCCGUGUCCAGGCCACUGGACGCCUGAGGCACCCGGCUCGGGGACCACAUGCCCCGGGCUGCCCAGAGCUUCAGACCCUGACGAGGCCGGGGGCCCUGAGGGCUCCGAGGCGGUGCAAUCCGGGACCCCAGAGGAACCAGAGCCAGAGCUGGAAGCCGAGGACUCUGAAGAGGCUGAACCAGAGCCGGAGCUGGAACCCGAGCCCGAGGCAGAACCAGAGCCGGAACUGGAGCCAGAACCGGACCCAGAGCCCGAGCCUGACCCAGAGCCCGAGCCCGACUUCGAGGAAGGGGACGAGUCCGAAGAUUCCUGAAGCCCAGAACGCUGACCGACUGUGCCCCGCCCAUGCUGGAUAGGACCUGGGAUGCUGCCGGAGCUGGAUCAGAUGCCACCAAGGCUCGGUCUAGCCCAGUACCGCUAGAAGUGGAGAAACUCCGGAGGGUCAGCAAGGACCUGGGCUUUCUCCACGAUUCUGGCUGUUUGCGUAGGAACUGAGGGUGGGUGCCCCUGAGUCCCAGUGACCUGGGCAGCCCCAAGCCCACCACAGUCACCACCCAGUCCUCAGUCCUAAUCUGCCCUUAGGAGCCCAGGCUGCACCCUGGAGACCUCAGACCCAGUGCCCUGGUGGGACAUGGUCCUGACCUUCAUGCCCACAUACACAACCCAUUUUCCCUAAUGAGCCACUUGGCAGCCUGCGUAGGUACCAGCUCAACCCCAUGCAAGUCCCUGGGCUUAACAUGUAGCAAAGGGAGGGGGACUUCUCUCCAUGUAGGGAGGGCUUAGAGCUCACAGCCUUGAGAGGUGAGACUAGAAGAGGGGAGCAGAAAGAGGGGAGUAGACAGAGGCCACAGACAUCAUUGUCAUUACUGUUUUAAUUGUCUGGCUUCCCUCUGGACUGGGAGCUCAGUGAAGAUUGUGACUAGUAACUUACACAAAAGGCGCUGUACACAUAUUAUAUUUGCUGACUAUAUGAAUAAGGACUUUCCAA